AUGUGGCUGUCCCCCGUUCUGCUCCUUCUCAUCCUCCUUGGCUACUCCACAGCCAGUGGUCAAAUUACUGGUCCAGUGACUGUAAGCGGCUCAGAGCAGGGCUCAUUGACUGUGACAUGCCACUAUGACCCAUAUUGGACGACCCACAAGAAGUGGUGGUGUCGAGGAGCUGAUUGGGGUAGCUGCGUGAUCCUUGUUAUGACCACUGGAUCAAACCAGAAGGUGAAGAAAGACCGGGUGUCCAUCAGGGACUAUCAGAAAAAACUCACAUUUACAGUGACCAUGGAGAAUCUCAGGCGAGACGAUGCUGACACUUACUGGUGUGGGAUUGAGAAAGAUGGACCUGACCAUCGGGUCAAAGUUGAAGUGACCAUCGUCUCGG